AAAAUAUAGUAUAUAAAAUUAAUGUAAACAAGAAGGUUACAUAGAUUAAAGUUUAUCAAAUCAAUUUGCAAAUUAUAAGAAUAAUGGUUCCAAUAUUCAUAUUCUUCAAAAUUACUUAAAUUGCUUAUCCUUUCUCUUACUUGUAUCUCUCUAAUUUUUCUUGUAUUUGGAGGCUUAGAAUUCUUUCAUUACAUCAAUUAAAAGUUACAUUUCUGUUUAGAAAUAUGUAUUAUUAAAUAUCCAUAAAAAAUACAUAUAGAACGAAAAUAACUUGUUUUUCUUUUUGUUAUGUUUGUAAUAUAUAUAUAUAUAUAUAUAUAUCUUGUGAGUUUUAUCCCACAAUGUCAACUUUUAUAGACAAAAAUAACAUGAAGUAUAUUGAAUUAUAUAAGCUACUUCUAUAUGAAGAUAAAGUUAAAAGAAAGAUAUUUUUGGAAAGGACAUUUUUGUGACGCCCAAAUUUGUUUGGAAAAUAAAUGAGGAAGUGGAUAUAUAGUUGAGUAGAGAGUGGACGGCCAAUUAAUUUAGCAUUUGAAAAAAUGUGCACAGUUGAGAAGCGAGGCAAUUUCUUUAUCCUGACACUGACCGGCGACGACGACCACCGUCUCAGCCCAUCCUUGAUCAAUUCCAUCCUUAAAGCUCUUUCACAAGUCAAGGCACAAGCCUCCCCUGCUUCAGUUCUCAUCACAACUUCCCAUGGCAAAUUCUUCUCAAACGGCUUUGAUCUCCCCUGGGCUCUUUCCGCCGGUUCUGUUUCUGCUGCCCGUCAUCGCUUAAACCACUUAAUUGAGAUCUUCAAGUCCGUCGUUGCCGAACUCAUUUCCCUUCCUAUGCCUACCAUUGCUGCCAUUACAGGACACGCUGCUGCCGCUGGCUUUACAUUGGCACUGAGCCAUGACUAUUUGAUCAUGAGGAGCGAUCGGGGGGUCCUGUACAUGCGGGAGUUGGAUCUGGGUUUAACUCUACCUGAUUACUUUAUGGCUCUGUUUAAGUCCAAGAUAGGCUCCAGUUUGGCUAUGCGCGAUCUGAUCCUGAGGGGGAUGAAAGUGAGAGGUGAAGCAGCAGUGAGAAUGGGCAUCGUGGACUCUGCACACGACGGCGAGGACAGCGUCGUGAACGCUGCAGUGCGGCUUGGGGAGCAGUUGGCGGGGAGAAAUUGGGAUGGGGAAGUCUAUGCUGAAAUCAGGAAGAGUUUGUAUCCUGAGGUCUCUGAGGUGCUUGGGUUACCGGGGAAACCCAUAUCCAUAUCUAAACUAUGAACAAUGAAAGUAAAUAUGGUAUAAAUUUAAGUUCCUGAUACCAAGGCAUAUGUAUUGAUACAAAUGGCUGAGAGAUAUUGGAACCUCAGUCCAGUUCAAUUGUAUGUUCAUAAAUUUCAUAAAGAAAUACACAAUACGAUUCUAUCA